AGACAGUGGCGGGACUGUUCGGCAUCUGUGCUCAGUGCUGUGGCGUCCUGCUGCUCCUGGGAGGUGGUAGAGUUGGGGGUGAGCAUCCUGUCCCUAGCGUCUCUUGCUGCUGGAGGUUUCAGGACCAGGGUCCUCAGUGUCUUCCGAGACAGGCCUGAUGUUCUUGCUACCUUACCUACGGGGCUGGUAAAACUCAGAGAAGCUUGGCCUGAGUAAAAAGCACACUUCUAGUUGGAUGUGAGAUUCAUUGUUGGAAGCAUGAUUUACACCCUCUCAGAUCACUGAAGGACAAGAAAGGACCUUUCAUGGAGGUUUCAUUGUUUAGAGUUAGUGACCUGGCAUCUCUGGCCUCUCGUUCUGUUAUGUCACAUCCUCCUGAGUCAGACCCAGUCUGGUUAGAAAGGAAGCAAUUCUUGAAUUAGUCACAGACUUGCUUUUUCUCCAUAUACAUCUUCAAGUGCACUCAUAUGCGUACCUUCCAAAGCAUCCUCACACAUCUUCCAAUAUACACACUCAGACACACACUUCUUCAUAUGUACACAUGCGUACCUUCCAAAGCAUCCUCACACAUCUUCCAAUAUACACACUCAGACACACACUUCUUCAUAUGUACACAUAUGCACACCUUCCAAAGCAUCCUCACACAUCUUCCAAUAUACACACUCAGACACACACUUCUUCAUAUGUACACAUAUGCACACCUUCCAAAGCAUCCUUACACAUCUUCCAAUAUACACACUCAGACACACACUUCUUCAUAUGUACACAUAUGCGUACCUUCCAAAGCAUCCUCACACAUCUUCCAAUAUACACACUCAGACACACACUUCUUCAUAUGUACACAUAUGCGUACCUUCCAAAGCAUCCUCACACAUCUUCCAAUAUACACACUCAGACACACACUUCUUCAUAUGUACACAUAUGCAUGCCUUCCAAAGCAUCCUCACACAUCUUCCAAUAAACACACUCAGACACACACUUCUUCAUAUGUACACAUGUACACCUUCCAAAGCAUCCCCACACAUCUUCCAAUAUACACACUCAGACACACACUUCUUCAUAUGUACACAUGCACACCUUCCAAAGCAUCCUCACACAUCUUCCAAUAUACACACUCAGACACACACUUCUUCAUAUGUACACAUGCACACCUUCCAAAGCAUCCUCACACAUCUUCCAAUAUACACACUCAGACACACACUUCUUCAUAUGUACACAUGCACACCUUAUGUGUGCACACACAUCUUCCUUUGUACACACACAUUCGUCUUCAUAUGUACACACAUCUUCCUAUAUAUACCCACACCUUCCUAUGCACACAUACAUCUUAUGUAUACAUAUACACUUUCCUAUACACACAUAACUUCCUAGGUACACACAUCUUAUAUACACAAACUCUCUUUAUAUGUACACACACAUCUUAUGCAUACACAUGCACAUGUACACACACAUCUUCCUAUACACACACCAUAUUUCCCUAUACACAUGCACACAUACAGAAACAAUUCCUAUUUACACACACACACAAACCUUCAUAUGUACACACAUAUCUCCUAUGCAUACAUAAACAUACCUCACACAUACUGUAACAUACACACACACACACCUUCCUUAACACAUAUCUUCCUCCCACACACAUCUUCCUGUAUACUCACAUAAGCAUCUUCCUAUGUAUGUGUACAUAUCUUCCUAUGCUUGCACGCACACACACACACACACACACACACAUGCACAUCAGUGUCCACACACACACCUCUCCCAGCAUACAUACACAUUGUCUUAGUCUUAGGGUUUCUUAGGGUUUCUGUUGCUGUGUUAAACACCGUGGCCGAAAGCAGCUUGUUGAGGAAAGGGUUUGUUCUGCUCAGUUCGUCAGCCCAGUCCAUCACCGAAGGAAGUCAGGGCAGGAGCCCGGAGGCAGUCAUUGUAGCAGAAGCUGUGGAGAAGGAUGUUCACUAGCUUGCUCCUCAUGGCUUACACAGCCUGCUUUCGGACACACCUCAGGAUCAUUAUCCCAGGAAUGGUACCACCCACAGUGGGUGGGGCUCUCCCACGUCCAUCAUUCGUCAAUACUAUAUAUACUUGCCUACAGACUGAUAAUAUUGAGACAUUUUCUCAGUUGAGAUUUCCUCUUCCACGAUACAUGUAGGUUUGUGUCACACAGACAAAGACCAGCCAGUGCAUACAUAUAUUAACCAGCAUAUAAACGUGUGUCCUCCAGUAUACGCACACAUAUAUUCUCCCCGCUGAUUUGGGAAGGUGUUUGUUGUCUGCAUGCCCACAUAUUUUGCCUUUGUUCUCAUUAGCCUUGGAAAGUAUUCUAAAGCAGAAAAAAAUGAAGUAAGUCAUGCUUGCAGACUUAAGUUAGGAACAGCCACGUUAAGUGGGAGACGCACACAACAUGCAAGAUGGAUCAGCGAGUAAAGACACUGGCCACCAACCCUGUCCAGCUGAGCUCCGUCCCGAGGACCCAUACGGUGGCAAGAAAGAACUGUGUCCUGCAGUCUGUCCUCAGACUUACACACACACACACACACACACACACACACACACAUAUGCAGUUCCCCAAAUAAGAAAAAUGGAGAAAACAUCUAAAAGAAAUGUAAAAACAAGCAGGUGGAUGUAACUUGGUAAAAAUAUGUUGUACCUAAUCUAAUAACAAAUUAAAGUUUUAAUUCAGCAUAUAAUUACUAGGAAACUCUUAGGGUUUUUGUUUGUUUUGUCUUCUUGCCUUUUUAAAUAGCAUCGCAUCUUGUAGGCCCUGCUGGCCUAGCGCUGUUUCUGUGGAGGAUCCUCCUGUCUCAGCCUUCUGAGUGCUGAGCUUGCAUGCGUGAGCCACCAUUACUGUUCUGAGAAAUGUUACGGCUUAGGUCUAGGGAGAAGCUGCUCUACCAGAGGACCCGAGUGUGGUUCCAGCAACCACACGUGGCGACCACUGCGGCCAGCUUCAGGAGGAGCCAACAUCUCUGUCUUCCAAAGGCACCUACACUGUUAGGCAUAUAUCCGCAUUCAGAUACACAUACACACUCACACUCGUAUACAUGUGCAUAUAUAUACACAUUUACAGAUAUACACGCUCAUACAUACACACAUACACAUUUUAAAGUAGUGAUUUUUUUUUUGCUCUAGGUCUUUAACCCCUGGGGUGUUUUGCAAUCACAGGACAUCUCAGUUUGAGUGCUCAUCUUUUAUUAUCCAGUCUUGAUCAGAGCUUGGACUUCAUUGACUUGAUAGUUGGAAAUAGACUGAUAUGCACACGUUAUUCCGAACAUCCUGAAGUUCCUAAUAACUGAGUCAAGUAUCAGCAGCCCAGAGGGCCAUCUUUCAGACAGCUUGUCCCUUACUCUCCUCUGGCUCAGCAGAGCUGGCACUGGGAAUGACAGCCUGAGGGGCAAACACGCCUGUCAGUCAGGCCGUGGCGAGCUUGCACACACGUUUUCUCCGUCAGAGCUGACAGAUCCCAGGCUCGGUCUGAUGCUUCCCUUGUGUUUCAGGCUCUGAGACAGAAAGACAAGCUCUUUGGCUUCAUUCAUGGAAAGGUUAACAUGUAAUCAGAGCGGACCCAAGCUGGCUGUUGUACACUUGGUUCUUGUCACUAGCAGGUUUCUGUAGUCCAGAAGCUGUCUUUCAGAACUCCUGCAGUUAGGGACAGUGUGGUUCAAAGCGUCCAUGUGGUGACCCACUCUAGUAAGGGCUUCUUUAGCAGUGUCUGGGUUUGGCAGCUCCUUUCCUGU